AUGGGGUUUAAUUUAUUAGACGAUGCGACGGUGCUACUACAUGAACGAUUUGUCGUUCGUCAAAUUUUGCAAAUAUUGUCCCAGGAGGAAUUAGUACAGGGGAAUCUACUGGACAGCCCUGAAAGGCAAAUACGUCCACCGGAUGAUUUUUGUGAUACUGUUUUGCCAGUCGCAAAUAACGGUGUAGAAUUCCCAAUGAAAAGGGUAGAUCCAUUGGGGGAAACGAAAAUUGGGCCCCAUGGACAACUGGAAAAUGGCCAAAAAUUUCUGUUCAAUUAUUUCACAUUGCCUUCUAGGAAUAAAAAUGGUACAUACUUUGUGCUUGUUCGAGAUUUAAUGCAAGGUUUGAAUUGUGAUAAAGAUACACUAGAGGUCGAUUUUUUGAACAGUCACCCUCAAUUGUACCCGCUAAACGCUACCCCUGAUGAAUUAUCACUACUGAAGGCAAAUGGUAUCUUAGGUGAUUCCUCGACGGAGACGAAAUUUGUGACCACGCGAUCUAGCUUUGUGCUGUUUGGUGCAGCAGUGGUCGCAGAGGGGACUAGACUCGUGGAUGACUAUUGGGAGACUUUGGGGAAAGAACAGAAUUUCAGUUCACAUCACAGAGUCCAUAAAUUAUCCUUUAAAACGUUCGAUCUCGUGAAACUGUUGAAACCUGCUGCCUUCUCCACUUUCAAGAGCCAGGACAAAAGCUAUCCAUCACCCGAUGAGUCAUCAUUUGAUUUACCUUACACAAUCAUCAACGAGCAGUUUUCACCCGAGAUCAGAGAAGAAUUCGGUAGACAGUUCUCCGUGGGGCAGCAUAUCGACGUCGUCGUACCGGGACAAAGCAUCACGGGCUCACUGGAACUGAGCGCACAAUUCAAAGUCCCCAAAUAUCAUAGCAAAAAUUCUUUCUUACAGGCUAAUCAGAUCAACGGGUUGGAUAUCCCCAUAGAGAAGCACGAAGCGCUCCUGAACGGUAUCAACACGGGUAACAGGAACAGCGCAUCCCCCGGCGCCACCCCGCAUGACUCAACGCCGGCGUCCGUCAACACCAGUUUCGUGAAACCACCGAAACAGGUGAGCAGAAUGCUGAGCAACAUAUUGGAUUCCAGCAUCAAUUUGUCCACUGCAAGGAAUACAGACGAAAUGAAUGUAAUAAGUGCCAAAAACUCAUAUAAUGUUGCCGAUCGUGGAGUCACUUCACAACUCUCUCUGAACAUAGACGGGUGGAAAUUCGAUGGGCUCCCCGUGUUCGCCAAUGAUGUGGCACAGACACAGGACGUGCAUUAUUCCGCAAAGGGGUUGCCCACGUAUAUCAAAUCCAACUUAGUGUCACGUCUGAAACACUUGACGCCAAACCAAAUCAAGGAAAUAGAGCACCAGCACGACUGUAUAUUUGUCAACGUCGGACUACAGCGGGUGCGCCAGCUACGGAACCAAAAAUGGACCAAGUAUUGGCAGUACAAGAGCGGUAUACCGAUGGGUCUUCGGAAGAGGGACAAAAAAUAA